CCACCGUACUUUCAAUAAUAUUUUUUGUAAAUUUAAAAUAAAAAUGAAGUGAUUUAGAAACCUCGGCAUUAUUCGGAUAUCCGGUGAAGAGAGGGGGUGGUAGUGCGAAUUUAAAUUUGCCAAUAAUUUACAGAGAUAAGGACUUUUAUCAGUUUAUAUAUAGCAAUUCACAGGAGGCAUCGUGGGUCAAUCAUACAAAAUUGUACUAAGAAUUUCUAAAGGUUUAAACUAAUCAGCAUAUCUUGUAUGCAUUGCUUGAGCAUGAACUGAAUAAAUGCGAAUUGUAUAAUAAGUAGUGUAAAGUGGACAUCCCUGUAAAAAAAUUCGUUGGCAUUUUUUUUAAGAUUAUUAUUAAUGUUUUAUCUAAUUCUCUUAACAUUCUUUAAAAUUCCCUUUAAUACUUUUUAGAAAAACAUAUAUCGUCUUAUUAUUAUUAUUAUUAAAUUAUUAUAACCACGACGAUCUAUGAUGUAAUAUGUUAGUAAUGUCUUAAUUCUUAUACACCAUUUUAUAUAACAAAAACAACUUCAUGUUAUGACUUAGGAAAUAGUACUUUUUAAUGUUAUUAUGUCUGAGAAACUAUCUUUUUAGAUUUUCUAUAACUUAGCAAUUUGUAAUGUGUACAGUUAUUUUGACGCUUAACAAAACGUGAGGUAACUUUUAAAUUUAGAGAAAAUUUUAAAUAAUUGUGACUGCCACCUGUACCUGUGUUGAAUUUGAACAAACAAUCUUUUACAAUGAAGGAAGAAAUUCAAAAAUCCUACGAUCGUUUUUGUACGUUUAUGGAGAAAAAUACUUUAGGAGCAGAAAUUUGUUGCUAUGGAGUUGCAUUAACAGGAUUAACCAUUGCUCUAAGAAGAGUUAGACCAUUUAGUAAAUUUAAAAAGCCUUCUGAUGUACCCAAUAGAUUUAUUAGAGAGAAAAAGGAAUUGAUAGGAACCAUACAGCGAAUAGAACCAAAUGGUGCUUUAUUAAUGUUUCAACAUAAACCUCCUUUUACAUUACCUUUUACAAGAGUAGGAAGUUUGCCUGUAAAAAUAGCAGGAAUAGAAGUCUCAGGAUUGGGCAUAAGUUGGUUACAAACCAUCGUGGCUGGUAGAGAAGUCACUUGCAUCCCCAUUAAGAAAUGCAAAAAUUUUGUUGAAUGCACAGUGACCUUGCAACAAAAAACUCUAGAUGGUAAGUUGCGAAUAAUGAAUGUUGGGGAAUCCCUAGUAGCAGUGAAUUUUGCGUCUUUAGAAAAAUCCGCUGAGAAAAUGCCUGCAGUUGAAGACCCUUUCCUUGCGAAAUAUUUUGGAAUUUUACAAUCUGCCGAAAUACGUGCCUUAAAGAAGCGUUUGGGACUAAAAUACUAUAUUAAACCUGCCAAAAAAACACUAGUUAACAUAUUGCAUAGAUUAAAUGCAUCUCUACAAAGUCAAACGCAAAGGAAAACUAAAAUUCCAAAAACAGCUGUGUUAUAGCUUUUAACAGAAAUCCAAAAAUUUAAUUUUGCUUUAUUAGUCAUUUAAAAUGUUUGUUUUGUAGCUGUAAAUAUAAAACCUGUAAGUUGCCAGUUUUUAGAUUUACUUAAGGUGCUAUUUAAAUCUUAAAGUACUUAUGUAGCAUUUAUAGCAGACAGCUUACUAAUAAAGAUACUUUUCCAAUGUU